AUGGCCAGAGGUACAUUAAAGCAACAAUUAAAAAGCCAUCAAUCCAAAACCAAGCUGGAAAAUGGAACUUUUUCACAGAGCCACAAGAAGCUGAAAAAGUUGCAGAAGGACAGCGAAGGAGAUGAAAACUUGUCUAAAGCUGCCUUGACUCGAGAAGAAGCACCACCAGUUGUAGCUCCUGCAUUGGGGCCCAAAGCAAAGCUGGCUAAGAAGACGAGCGAAUCUGAUCUUGAAGACUACAAGAGUGGUGCGUUGUCGAAGAAGGAACAACGGAAAUUAAAGAAACUACAAAACCAGCAAACACCUGAGGCAGAAGAAGCAGAAGAAGAAGAAGAAGAGGAAAAAAUGGAUGAGGAUGUUGUUGAAGGCGAACUUGAGGAGGAUGAGUCGGAAGAUGCUGAAGAAGAAUUGGAUUAUGAGAAAUUGGCAGCUAGUGAAAGUGAAAGUGAUCUAGAUGAUGAUGAUGAUGAUGACGAUGUGGAAGAAGAAGAAGAAGAUAAGGAGGAGGAGGAAGCCGAGGAAGAACAAGAAGAUGUGCCUUUAUCAGACGUCGAAUACGACUCAGAUGCAGACGUGAUACCUCACACAAAGCUAACGAUAAACAACAUGGCCGCACUCAGAGAAUCAUUGGCCCGUAUCGCAAUACCUUGGUCGAAGCAUUCAUUUAUCGAACACCAAUCCGUGGUCAGUGCCGAGCCAGCAGAAUCACUGAUCAAGGACAUUUACGACGACACCGAGAGGGAAUUGGCCUUUUACAAACAAGGUUUGGACGCCGUCAAACAGGCAAGAGCCACUUUGCUCAAGUUGAACGUGCCGUUUUCACGUCCCGUUGACUAUUUCGCGGAAAUGGUCAAGAGCGACGAGCAUAUGGACAAGUUAAAGACCAAAUUGUUGAGUGAAGCCGCUGAUAAGAAGGCCUCCGAAGACGCUAAAAAGCAAAGACAGUUGAAGAAGUUUGGCAAGCAAGUACAACACGAGACUUUGCAGCAACGAGCUAAGCAGAAAAAGGAAACGUUGGAGAAAAUCAAGAGCUUAAAGAAGAAAAGAGGCGCCAACGAAAUAAGCAACGAUGACGAUUUUCAAAUUGCGCUUGAAGAAGCCACUAAAGAGGACGGGUACUCCCGAGGCGGCGGUGACAACAAGAGGAGAAAGCCCAAUGGUAAGAGAAUGGCCAAGAAUGCCAAGUAUGGAAGCGGCGGUAUGAAGCGGGGCAGCAGGAAAAACGAUGCUGCUUCUUCGGCUGAUAUAACUGGGUUUUCCAACAAAAACAGCAAGGGCAAGUCAUCUAGACCUGGUAAGAGCAAGCGUUCAAGAAGGUAA